GUGUGUGAACUGAGCGGAGGUGAAGAAGAGGAGGAUGAAGCUGGGAGCGGAGGAUGGGAGGAAGAGUGGAGUAAGAGACAGGCUAGCUAUCAAGGGCUGUGUGUGCAUGCCUGCAAGUGUGAAUGCGUGAGUGGGUGAGGAAGACGAGGGAGAGAGAGGAAGGUCGCCGAAGGACCGAAACAAAGACGCAAUUUUGGACCCUGGGAAAGAUUGUAACGGAAACUUUAAACUUUUUACCCGCCAGAGCUCGGCUGUUGUGCACGGAGCCGGCUUUGUUUCGCGGCGGGGGUGUCUACAGUAAAUGAAGGGAUAAAAUAGCUCCAGAUCGACAUUUUUCCACGCAAGUGGGGAAACCCCCGGGACGGCGUUUGAUAAGGGUUACUAGAGAAUGGCGGCCAACAUGUACCGAGUGGGAGAUUACGUGUACUUCGAGAAUUCGUCCAGCAACCCCUACCUGAUUCGCAGAAUAGAAGAGCUCAACAAGACGGCCAAUGGAAACGUGGAGGCCAAGGUGGUGUGUCUCUUCAGGCGGAGAGACAUCUCGGGGAACCUCAACACACUGGCCGACAGCAACGCAAGAGACUUUGAGGAGGAGUCCAAACAGCCCUCCGUCUCGGAACAACAGAAGCACCAGCUCAAGCACAGGGAACUCUUCCUCUCCCGACAGUUUGAAUCCCUGCCUGCCACCCACAUACGGGGCAAAUGUAACGUCACCCUCCUGAAUGAAACAGACGUCCUGGCCGGCUACCUGGAGAAAGAGGACUGUUUCUUCUACUCCUUGGUGUUCGACCCGGUCCAGAAGACCCUCCUCGCGGACCAGGGGGAGAUCCGGGUGGGCUCCAAGUUCCAGGCCGAGAUCCCCGACAAGCUAGCAGAAAUUGAACUGGACACUCGUAUCCAGGACAAGCUCGAGACCAAGGUGUGGGACCCGGACAACCAGCUGAAGGACCCCCAGAUCGACCAGUUCCUGGUGGUGGCGAGAGCCGUGGGGACGUUUGCGCGCGCCCUGGACUGCAGCAGCUCCAUCCGCCAGCCCAGCCUCCAUAUGAGCGCUGCCGCAGCCUCCAGAGACAUCACCUUGUUCCACGCCAUGGACACGCUGCAGAAGAACGAGUACGACCUGGCCAGGUCCAUGUCCACCCUGGUGCCCCAGGGGGGGCCCGUGCUCUGCCGGGACGAGAUGGAGGAGUGGAGUGCCUCGGAGGCCAUGCUGUUCGAGGAGGCGCUGGAGAAGUACGGCAAGGACUUCAACGACAUCCGCCAGGACUUUCUGCCCUGGAAGUCUCUGGCCAGCGUGGUCCAGUUCUACUACAUGUGGAAGACCACCGACCGCUACAUCCAACAGAAACGGCUCAAGGCAGCGGAGGCAGACAGCAAGUUAAAGCAGGUGUACAUCCCCACCUACACGAAACCAAACCCCAACCAGAUCAUGGCCCCUGGUAGCAAGCCCGGCAUGAACGGAGCUCCAGCCGGCUUCCAGAAAGGCCUGAGCUGCGAGAGCUGCCACACGGCCCAGUCCCCUCAGUGGUACGCCUGGGGACCCCCCAACAUGCAGUGCAGGCUGUGCGCCUCCUGCUGGAUCUACUGGAAGAAAUACGGAGGCCUGAAGACCCCCACACAGCUAGAGGGCGCCGCUAGAGCUGGCUCUGAGUCGGGAGGCCCGCGCGGUCACAUGACUCGCCAGGAGGCCCAGGGCCUGUCGCCGUUCACGCGCAACGAGGGGCGCGCCAAGCUGCUGGCCAAGAACCGCCAGACCUUCAUCCUGCAGACCACCAAGCUGACGCGCAUAGCCCGCCGGGUCUGCAUGGACAUCCUGCAGCCGCGAAGGGCUGCCCGCCGCCCCUACGCCUCCAUCAACGCCAACGCCGUCAAGGCCGAGUGUAUAAUCCGGCUGCCUAAAGCCACCAAGAACCCCCAGAAGAACAGGGUGAUCCCCCGGCAGUCACUGGCCACCAUAGUGAAGGAUCUAGCCAUCACGGCCCCCCUGAAGCUGAAGGCCCCCCGCGGCCUCCCGCCGCCCAUCAACCGCAACCAGACCAGCCAGCCCCGUGGGGGCCCCGGCCUGCUGGGCAAGAGGCCCUUCGACAACGUCAGUAUCUCGCAGAUAACGCAGGCCGGAGGUGGUGGCGCCGGCGGCGGCGGCGGCGGUGGCGGCGUGCCGUUCCCCACCAACGGGAGGCCCUUCACGUCUGGCCUGAGGACCACCUCCCAGUCGGUCAUCAAGCGGCAGAAGGUGAACCAGGGCGACGCGCCCAACCCCGUGGUGUUCGUGGCCACCAAGGACACCAGGGCCCUGAGGAAACACCUGACCCAGUCGGAGAUGCGGCGGGCAGCCCGGAAGCCCCACCUGCCGGUCCGCAUCAAGCUGCCCCCCCCUCCGCCGCCGCCCCGCGCCCCGCCCAUGCCCCUCCUCCCCUCCAGCACCAGCGAGCCCAUCAUCCUGGAGGACUGAGGCGCUGGGCGUUGCCCAGGAGCCAAGAAGGAUUUCCCACCGGGAUUGGG